AUGGCUUCUCGCUUACGUCGGCUAGAUGGCGCGUGGUUGCGGAAGCUGUGCAGAUGGCUCGGGAUUCGGAAGUUGACAGCAGACAAUGAUGACUGCCCGCAGGGCGCUGUCUAUGCAGUGGAGACCAUGAUCCAAGUGGGAGCAGCCUGCAGGGCCGCACCGAGUCGAAGUGCUCGCUGGUCGAUGAAACCGAGCUCGUCUCUACGCGAUACACAGCAUGCACCUGAUCAAGUCGAGCAUUGGCUGCGUGUGCGACCAACGAUCCACGGUCGUGUCGUAUUUGGACAGCCGGAAGUGGAGGAGGAGCAGGAAUCGAGACGUCGAGCCCGGCAUGCAGUGCACAAAGUGCAGGGUACAGCGCCAGCAGCGGCGAGGGUCGCAGGAAGGCCGCAUACCGGCCGCAUCUCCAACGCCACGAAUGAUAGCAGCUGGCGAUCAGGCCCCGCCUGCAGGCGCUUUGGCUAG